AGCGGGAAAACGGACGGAAUCUCAUUUCUGUCACCGCUAAUCCGUCAGCAACCUUCAGUUCAUUUUUAGACCGUUGUGUUUAGCUGAAAAGCCAAAUAUCGGCUAUCCUUCCCCCCACCGAGCUUCGUGUCAUCGCGACGGGACAAACCCGCGCAGGAAGCGCAGGGCCGCGGCAGGCACCUGCGAGAAGCUGCGGUGGGGGGUGGGGGGGGCGAAGGGCCGCGGCUGCGCACGGAGGAUGCGCGGCCGCGGAGGCGCCGCAGCCGGGAGCGGGAGGAUACAAGCAGCUGCCAGAAUGACGACGACUUUGCUUUAUAACAUGCUAUUUCUGCUGGCGUUUGGAUUGGCUUCAGCUUUUAGCCACAGCCCUAGGACCCCUGACAGGGUUUCUGAAGCAGAUAUUCAGAGGCUCCUCCAUGGGGUUAUGGAGCAAUUGGGCAUUGCCAGACCCCGGGUAGAAUAUCCAGCGCACCAGGCUAUGAAUCUAGUUGGUCCACAGAGCAUUGAAGGUGGUGCGCAUGAGGGUCUCCAGCACUUGGGUCCUUACGGCAACAUCCCAAAUAUCGUGGCUGAGCUGACAGGAGAUAAUGUACCAAAGGAUUUCAGUGAAGAUCAAGGAUAUCCUGACCCUCCAAAUCCCUGCCCUAUUGGAAAAACAGUUGAUGAUGGGUGUCUAGAAAACACCCCAGACACAGCGGAGUUCAGCAGGGAAUACCAGCUGCACCAACACCUUUUUGAUCCAGAGCACGACUAUCCCAACAUGGGCAAGUGGAGCAAGAAUUUACUCUUUGAGAAGAUUAAUGGUGGUCCAAAAAGAAGAAAGAGGAGUGUGAACCCGUAUCUGCAAGGACAGCGACUGGAUAAUGUUGUAGCAAAGAAGUCUGUUCCACAUUUUUCAGAUGAAGACAAGGGUCCUGAAUAAGUACAAUAAAAAUGAAUUAUGAAAACUCAUGCCAUCCUCUGCUAGAUCAUAGUAUUGCUUAUAUAUAAUCAUCUAUUAAAACCCUUGUGAAUGGCAGCAUGUUUAUUAUUUAUAUAAUUGUAGAUGAAAAACAGCUGUAUUUAUAACAGUAUGUUCUCCUAGAUAACAAAAAUAUGGCUCUGCUUUUUGUUAAGUUAUGGUAAAAGGACAUUUCUGUUGUUUUUAUUUUAGUCAUGGAGCAAACUUUAAAAAUGUUAGUCAUUUUAAUAGCUAACGUGAGGUAAAUGGUCUUAAUGAGCAGCUUGUAAAUAGGAAGAUGUAAAAAAAAUACCCGGUCUGACUCCAACGUUUAAUCUUAAAUGUUACUAUGUUUGACACAUGAAAAUUAUAGUUUUAUGGUUUGUUCACAAAUAUUGUUACUUAGCAAAGACAAAGUAUUUAUUUUACCCGGAGAAUUUUGGCUUUUGGUCCAUUUUAAUAAACAUUUAAGCAAUCUACAAGGUUUGCAAAGUGACAUUUUCCAAAAUAUUUCAGAGGCUCACUUGUCUCAGUUAUUGCUGUGCAAAUUUAAAAAUUAAAGCACUGCUUUUUGACUCUUAUCCACUGGAAUAUUUUUCUGUUAGUUUUAAUCGUUCCCUGUCCAUAACUUUUGUGAACACUUGCACAUCUUUCUUCCUUAUCAAUGGUACUGUUGUGAGGAAAUAAAUCUCCCCCGCUGUUUUUUGUCUUAGUAAGACCAGCAUUUGUGCAUUAUAACGUUCUUAAAUUAUGUGUCCCUGGGACAUUAUGAGUGAAGAUGGAGACAUUUGUCUGUGUUAAUAAGGUUGUGUCAACAUCCUCUGAGUCUAAAUCCAGGAUAUGAAGGUCAUUACAGUUGAUGAGCUUCUGAAAAACUAUGAUACUCUAAUAACACUGGGAGCUAUCGUGGCUCUUGGAGUUGCUCUGCGAAGCUUACAUUGCCUUUUUUUCCUGAGGAGACUGAAGAAUUUUAUAUUCCAGAAAGCUGGGUUAUCUGUUUCUGAAAGAUGAGAAUAUAAAAUUACCUAAAAUAUUGUUAUUUUCAGGGUGCAUCUGAAAUGUUUCAAGCCAUGUGCAUGGGGCAUUGGAAUUAUGGAAAACGGCAUUACUUUACAGCUUUGGACUUCGAAUUUAUGGAAAAAAAAAUAAUUGUAGUUUCCUUCCCUGUCCUACAGAAAGACACAGUAAAAUAAUGAUGACCCCUUAGAAAAAACAGAUAAGAAACUAACAGAAACUAAGGGUCCUAACUACGUAAGAUUAAAGCUAAUAUGAUGGCACAAAUGUGACUGUGUGUGGCAUUUGCUUUUUCUAUUAGAAACUUAAUAAUUUCUAAUAAAUUAUGUAUGCAGAGAGUUGGUCCUCUCACGUCAUUUAUGAGUAGAUUGCAAAAAGCUGUAACAUUCUAGGCUGAACUACCACAUCUUUCUUCAUAUUUCUUCUUUAAGAAAAAAAAAACUGGAAGAGAAAACUAAAUAGUAUGCAAUGCGGUAGGGUCUAUACUCACAUGUGACACAAAAUUGAGGAGUUUGUGUGAAGAGCUCCUUCCACUUCCAGUGCCUGGAACGGGAUGGGAGUAAUCCAGCCCUUCACAUGAGAGAACUUGUAUUCUCUGCUUCUUAAGCUUACUCUUUUUAUCUGCACUUCUGCUUAGUCUUCACACAGGUACUGAGAGUUGCAGAGUUGCAAAGGUUGUCUCCAAAACCAGAAAAGGACUAUCAUGGCGUGACUCUGAAACUGGAAUGCACUGGUGCUCAGUGGUCCAGAGUGUGUGAAAUGGUGAUUCCUCCCACCUAACCCCGCAGCCAGCCGCUGGUGCUGCCACAAGGCUUCCAGUUGGUCAGAGGCUAGAUUUCCAUUCCUCGGAAAAUGGUGUUUCUUCAGGUACUCAACUUUCCUAUCAAUUCUUUUAAACUAAUCUGAGCUACAUUCUGUUCUUACGAGCUUCAGUAAAAUACAUUUCAAUCACAAAGACAAAGCAACCAUGAAGGCAAUUUAUUUCGUUUUUUUAAGGUCUUAGUAAGGACCAGCAUAUAAUAAAAGGCAGCGUGUACAGUAAAUGGGGGGAUUAAAAAGAGAGGGGCAAAGAAGUAGCGUUUGCCUGAUAGUAUCAGGGAUCACCAGUGGCCGCCUGUGACCCUGGUGGGGCCUGAGGACCUGCCCUUCUGUCUAUGAUAGCUCUGCACAGAACAGGCAAAGGAAAAAUUACACAAUUUAGAGAUGUUUUUGUCUUUAAAUGCAAGCAAAAAAAACCCCUUUACACUGCACAAUAAAAUGAUGCAUCUUACAGGAACUGUCUGCUGGAAGAAAUCAAACGCGUGGUGGUGAGCAGCCAUCUGCUGAGUCCAUCAGGCAGCUUGAGUGUUUCACCAGGAAGACUCAACAGCACUAUUGUGAAAUUUUAAUAAAAUAUAGCUAUUACACCAUGAUGAUGAGAUUAAUUAAUUUCAGUUUCAUAGUAGUACUGGGAUUGGUAGUCCCAUAUUAAUUUUAAAAAAAAACCAAACAAACAAAAACCAAGCAAAGUUGUCCCUCCUGCUGCUCCAACAACAGUCCGAAUGUGUAUAUGUAGUUUUUUAGAAAGAAUCGUCACAGUGCCAGUCUUUCAGAAUCAAUAAAUAAAGACAGCAGCUGUCCCCCUCACUAAGAGCUCACGCCACCAAGCCAGUACUUACAAGAAAGAAUGUAAACAGCUGCUCAGGUGCAAUCACCCUUUUACAUUUGUGACGCAUGUGAAUUAAGGCGCAUGUAUAUAUUACUAUUGUUGUUUAGCAUUUUCAUGAAAUUAAAUCCUUUUUAGAUUAUUUUAAAAUCUGCAAGUGUGUUAAUUACCUCUAACGUAUUUGAGACACAAUGUGCUUGAAAGAAGCUAUACAAAAUAAAGUGUAUUGCCAUGCAGCA